UUAUUGCGAACGAGAACAAAAUGGCGGACGAACUGCGUAUAAUAUUUUGACGUUUUUUAUUGCUUAGCAAUGGUCAAAGCAAGGAAACAAAUAGUCAAACCAGUAGGUCCACAGAAAUCAGAUUCUAAGCCGAAACAAGAUUAUAAUAUUUGGUAUAAUAAGUACUCAGGCAGUCGACACAAACCAGGAGAAGAAAGAACCAAGGCAACGACUCGCUGUCAUGCAUCAACAGAUGCUGGAGAAACUAGGGGUUCCCAUAGAGAUGACGCUGGUAUUUGCUUGAAUUUUGCUCGUGGAUGUUGUCCACUGGGAUACGAUUGUUCAUGGAAGCAUGUUAUACCGAAGGGAGAUAGUGAAGGUACCAUGAGGGACUGUUUUGGGAGAGAACGUCAUGAGAACGUUAGAGAUGAUCAGAGUGGAGUAGGAUCGUUUAUGGCGGAUGAUGAGACAUCUAGGACCUUAUAUAUAGGGGGUGUUAUGCGAUCUCCUGAUAUGCAGGCCGUUGUGUACAAGCACUUCAGCGAAUGGGGUGAUAUCCAGAAUGUUAGAGUCCUUGAGAACAAAGGCGUUGCUUUCGUACGAUACAACAACCGAGCUAAUGCAGAAUUUGCAAUGGAAGCUAUGCAGGGACAAUCACUGGAUAAUGAUGAAGUGUUAAACGUUCGUUGGGCUACAGACGACCCAAAUCCCUGGACACAGAAGCGAAAGGAAGCCAUUGCGAAAAGAAAAUUACUGGAUGCUGCAGUAGAUUCUGGGAAAAUCAUCCCAGAUUUACCUUCUAAGAGAAAACCACCAACCGACAUCAGCGAAGCUACUGGGUAUUAUCCAAACACUGAUCACCUUUAUGUACAAGGUGGAAUGCCUGAUCAAUAUAACCCCCCACCCUCCCCACCCAAGACACUCUCUGAUCUGGUUGCUUGGUCUCGGAAGCAGGCUGCAGAUCAGAGUAAGGAAACAAAUACACUGAAGAAGAUCAAUCUGGCAAAAGAAGAGACAAGAAACAUUCAGUCUUUAGUGUGUGAUUAUGGAUCGUCAUCUGAUGAGGAAGACUGAACACGAAUGCAGUGGGAAAAUGGACAACUGCAACAGGCUGCAGAACCAGGGAACUUCUAUUCAUGCAUCCCUUUUCUCUCCAACUUUAAUAUUCCCCUGCCCCUCUCCUAAUGAAGGUUAUCAAGUACAGCCCGAGGGGGCAGGAGAAGUUAAUACCUUGUUUUUAAGUCUCUCAACUAAGUUGGAUUGGCUUCAAAUAGCUAGACAAACUCUCUUAUUUGUCAGUCAUUCAAUUGCAGUUUGCUCAAUAAAAGCUAAAUGUAAAUUAUUUUGGUAACAUUGAUGGCAUUGCUAAAGUAGCAUUUCUGAUGUUCCAUGGUAAAGAAGCAUGAACAACUAGGUGUAUAACACACAACUAUAAUAGACAAUACUUUAUUUUUUAGAUAAAUUUCUUGGAGUAUGAUUUUAUUAGUAUAUGGACAUUAUGAAUGGUAAAUGGUAAAAAAAUAAAAGUAUAGAAUGA